AUGUCGCUCAACAUCCAGGAGCAGCAAAAAAGCAGCGCCAUCAGCAUGCUGAACCUGAACGAGUACCACGACCACCUGAGCAGCAGCGGAAAUAUCCUUUACUACUCGCACGACAAAAUUUGGAAAAUAUUAAUAUACGAUUCGGAGGGGCAGAACAUCCUCGCGCCGUUACUCAAAGUGGGCAAUCUGAGGCACCACGGUGUAACCCUAAAUUUGAAUCUACACAGACAGAGGAGCACCAUCCCGGAGGUUAAUGCAGUCUAUCUCGUAGAUAACAACAAAGAAAAUAUAGACAAAAUUGUGAAGGACAUGUGCAACCACAUGUAUGGAAGUUACUACAUUAACUUCAUAUCGUAUGUAUGCGAAGAGAACCUAAGUUACUUUGCAAAUGAGUGUGUAAAAAAUAAUGUGGCUUCUCAUGUGUCCAAAAUUACAGAUAGGUAUUUAAAAUUUGUUAGCUUGUCUAGCAGCACCUUCUCCUUGAACAUCCCCAAUUGCUUCAAAAUUUUACAUACAAAUGAAGAUCAUGUGAUUCAAAAUGUGAUGGAGAGGAUAACUGAAGGGGUGAUUUCUUUUUUGGUCACUCUGGGGAUUAUCCCCAUCAUUAGGGUUUCCUCCAAUUCGUCCUACCCGUCCAAAACUAUUGCGGAGAAGCUGCACAGGAAGAUUUACGAGCUGGUCAACUUGAGGUCUACAAACAAUUACAUUUUUAACUCCAAGACGGUGCAGAGACCCGUGCUCAUUUUGGUCGAUAGGGAAGUCGAUUUGAGUGUCAUGGUGCAGCACGCGUGGACUUACCAGGCACUGAUUCAUGAUGUUUUUGAUAUAAAGCUGAACAAGAUAAGUCUCCAUCAGGGGGGUGAAGGUAGCAGAAGUACUUCCCACACGGGGAACGCUACCCCGAACGGACCCGUAAAGAACUACGAUAUUGACACUGGAGACUCCUUCUUCGCCUCCAACUGUAAUAAGCCCUUCCCCGAAGUCGCCAACAACAUCAGCGAGUGUCUAAAUGAGUACAACGAGAAGAUGAAAAAUCUGAACAAGAGCGACAAGGGGGGAGGCGGCGUGGUUGGCGGCGUGGGUAGCGGUGGCAGCGGCGGCAGCGGCUUGGGGGAUAACAUCACCGGGGGACUCAUGUCGGCGAUGAACAUCCUCCCCGAAAUGACGGAGCAUAAGAGGCUACUAGACAUGCACACGAACAUACUCACCGAGCUCAUCAAAAACAUUAAGGAUAGAGAAUUGGACAAAUUUUAUGAAAACGAAUUUGACUUUGAAAGUUGCAAUGAGAAAGUCUGCACUCAGCACAUGAAGGAUAUCCUUGCCUCAUCAAAAGGAACCCCCACGGAUAAGUAUAGAGCUUUUCUCUGCUUAUAUUUGGCCAAAAAAAAUAUGAACAAACUGGCAUUUGACACAUUUCUGCAAGAAUUAAAAAACAUGAGCAUAGACAUUUCAGCCGUUUAUUUUAUAAAUCAGUUGGAAAAAUUAAAAACGAUGAACAUACACAUCCAUGUGAGUGCUCCUCUCACCCACUCGAACAGCGGCACCACAGCCACCUUUAAAGAUCAACUCAACACGUACGGCAACAUCUUCAUCGAUAAGGGUAUAAACAUCCUACAGGGGGCUAAAAGUCUGCUGCCAAAAAGACGGGAAAUAAAAAUUACCAAGCUCGUUGAAACGCUCAUUGAGAAUAAACCCUCCUCUCUGAACGACCAGUUUGUGUACAUCGACCCGAAGACCCCUCCAAGUGAUGCCACCGUUGGAGGCAGCCAUGUGGAAAGGAGCUACAUCAAACAGGACCACGUGAAGGACUACAUCAUCUUUGUCAUUGGGGGGGGGAACUACAUCGAAGUUUCCGCUUUGAAAGACUUGGAGGAAAAAAUGAACAAAAAAAUUAUUUACGGCACCACUGAUUUUGUUCGCCCGGAGAAUUUCGUCCAGGAGCUCAACGAGAUAGGCCAUGCCUUCUCGCAAUGAAGUUUGUAGCCGUUGAUCCUGUUCGCACGUUUAACCGCUCAAACGUUGCGUGGUCACCAUGGGGGUCUUCCGCUCUGCUAGAUUAGCUCCCGAUACCCCGCCUCUAACAUACGGGACCCCCCUCGAAAUGUUACCCAUUUUUACUCCCCAGCUUCAACUCAGGAUGGAAGGUAGCCAACAUGGGGGGUGAAAGACAAAAACGAAGCUCAGCAGGGCACCUUCUCAUCUGUGCGACGUUCCACACAGAUGAGACUUUUUAAUCAGCCCAUUUUGUGAAAAAAAAGAAAAAGGCCAACUUAUGGAGGAAAUUCCUCUUCGUCGGCGCUCCCUUGUGGGCACAUUCGCCUUUUUUUUGUACUGCGCAGUGGGGUUAUUCCCCCCCCCCCCAACUGAAAUACGCCGAAGAUGGAAGUGGCCCCCGCGAGGAAUUUUUUUUCGUUACACAUUUUUUGCAGUGCGCAUAAAAGGAAACCCCUUUUGCUGCGCAGCAGGUAUGCCCUUUCAAGGGUUACCCAUCUUUCCUUUCCCACUUCUUCAUUUUACCAACCCCUAUGUGUGUAUCCAUUUUGAACACCAAU